AGUCGACGUCCGACCGCCCUACCGUGAGGGUGGUUGUGUCGGUCUCUGGCAGAUUUCUCGGCAUUACUCUGUCGUGCCUAAAUAAAAUGUAUGUACUGUUAUACUGUUAAUGUGUUUAUGGUAUACGUUUCAAUUAACUUGGUGUUAGCCAUUAGGUUCAAGUGUAAAUAUAAAGUGACUAUAAUGUUCUAUAUCGAGAGCUUUUAAAUGGAUACGUGAUCUGGCGGUAUGCAGUUUUGGAGAUGCCGAUCCAACGAUCCGUGUGUCACAGAAGAUGAUAAAACUGACGAGAGUAUAACAAAAAUGAUAACAUGACGUAAUAUGUUUCAUAACGGACAUUUCCACAAAGCGCGGACUAAAAUAUGCGUUACGAGCAUGUGUCGUAAUGAUUCCAAAAAAUGCUUACACGAAAAUGGGAGAACCAAAUAUCCCGCGCAACAACAAAUCUGUUUCAAUUUGUAUUGCAUUCUAGUUGUGGCGUUUUUAUCUAUGCACCCAGUGAACUCGAAUACUACAAACAUGAAUCGUCACACCAUUGACAGGAGUGCCAAUAAAGAUUUCAGUUUAAACAAACAGAACGAUCAACCGAACGAAGAUAAUUAUGAUGAUCAUAAUCCAGCGCACGGAAACGAAAACGUAGAUUAUACAAAAGUCAAUUUCGAGAACAACCCUUAUUACAACACUGAACAUUUUCUACAUUCAAAUAAUAAAUUUUACAAUAGUGAAAAUAAUGCUUAUAGCAAUUACGAAGACUAUAAGAACUUUUAUUUGAAUCCAGCAAAUCCUAUUCCCAAGGCAAAUGUGAAAUUUAAAAUUAGUAGUAGAAUAGUGCAGACUAAAUAUGGAAAAUUACAGGGCAUAGUUUUGGCUAUGGAUGAACAUAGAUAUUUGAGUCCUCUUGAAGUAUUUUUAGGUGUCCCAUAUGCAACACCACCAGUUGGAUCGAACAGGUUCAGCCCAACGAGAACACCGUCGCCUUGGGACGGAGUAAGGGUUUCAGAUAGGCCUGGACCUGCUUGUCCUCAGAAGCUACCAGAUCUCGACGACGAAAGGACCAUAUUAGAGAAAAUGCCUAAAGGCAGACUAGAAUAUAUAAAAAGACUGAUGCCUUAUCUUAAGAAUCAAAGUGAAGAUUGUCUUUAUUUAAACAUAUUUGCGCCGUUGCAGAUGGAUGAAACGAAACUAGCAUUACCUGUAUUAGUCUACGUCCAUGGUGAAAGCUACUCCUGGAGUUCCAGUAAUCCAUAUGAUGGUGCGGUUCUCGCGAGCUACACCGACCUCAUUGUUGUAACAUUGAACUUUAGAUUAGGCGUUUUAGGAUUUUUAAAUGCAAAUCCGGUACCAAAUGCGAAGGCUCGUGUGGCAAACUAUGGGCUGAUGGAUCAAAUAGCGGCACUGCAUUGGGUGCAACAGAACAUAGCUUUAUUUGGAGGCGACCCAACUAAUAUAACAUUGAUGGGCCACGGCUCGGGGGCUGCAUGUAUAAAUUUUCUUAUGAUAUCACCUACUGUCAUGCCAGGUUUAUUUCACAGGGCAAUAUUAUUAUCGGGGUCAGCUUUGAGCUCUUGGGCGAUAGUAGAUGAUCCAGUAUAUUAUUCGUUGAAGUUAGCUAAGCAUAUGAAUUGUACUAUACCAGAGGAUAUGUCCAAGGACCACGAAGUGAUAGUCGAUUGUUUAAGAGAAGCGACAAUAGAUGAAUUGUUAUCAAUAGACAUAUCACCACCAAACUUUCUAACAGCUUUUGGGCCGUCAAUUGAUGGUGUAGUUAUAAAAACAGAUUUCGCAAAAGACUUCCUUACUAUGUAUUCCACUGGAGAUUUUCCAUCGUUCGGCCCUCUCAACAAUAUGAAUCAGAAUUUGAAUACACAUAAAAAGAGGAGCGACAGUGGUCGAAGGUUAUUUCAGAAUAAAUAUGAUUUGCUUUUUGGCGUGGUGACAAGUGAGGCAUUGUGGAAAUUCUCCGCACAUGAUAUCCAAAAUGGGAUUGAGCCAGAUAAAAGAGAUAGAAUGUUAAGGACGUACGUGAGGAACUCAUACACUUACCACUUGAGCGAAAUCUUCUACACAAUUGUGAACGAGUACACUGAUUGGGAAAGAACGAAUCCUAUAAACACGAGGGAUGCCACUGUUGCUGCCUUGUCUGAUGCACAAUACGUAGCUCCAUUGGUGCAAAGUGGAGAUUUGUUAAGUGGUGGUCCGAAGCCAACGCCUACUGAUGAAGAUGGACCAAGGAGGCCGACUAAAACGUUUUUUUACGUGUUCGAUUAUCAGACUAAGGAUGGUUACUAUCCACAAAGAAUGGGAGCGGUGCAUGGAGAAGAACUACCGUAUGUGUUCGGUGCACCACUAGUAGAUGGUUUUAGUCAUUUCCCACAGAAUUAUACAAAAUCCGAAGUGUCGUUGUCGGAAUCUAUGAUGCUGUUUGUCGCCAAUUUCGCUAGAACUGGGAAUCCUAAUGACAAUCUACGGUUGGAGGUAGUCCUUCCAGCAUCAAGAGAGAGAAAUAAGUUUCGCGGUAUCAAUUGGGAAGAAUACGAUUCUACACAUCAGAAAUAUUUGGAAAUUGGUAUGAAACCAAGACUCAAGAAUCACUUCAGAGCGCAUCAAUUGUCCGUGUGGCUUCGCUUAGUCCCUGAACUCCACCGUGCAGGUAUGGAAGACGUAGCAACCCGACACAAUCUGUUCAAAAAUCACAAUGAGCAAGAUUUAUAUGAGGGCAUAGUCAGGCCAGAUCCGCUCGCACGGAAUUCUGAGAAUGAACAAACACGACGAACGAAUGGUAGCUAUUCUGAUACUGCACUUACUACUGUUGAUACUAUAUUAGCUACAUGCGCAACAAUACUGCCGGGACGAGAUCUGCAAACAGUGAACACAACAGAUAAUACCUUGGCCAAUUUAGAAGCGGCAGGAUACGCAGCAUAUUCGACAGCUCUCAGCGUAACGAUAGCUAUCGGCUGCUCGUUGCUUAUACUGAACGUGCUUAUAUUCGCGGGCGUUUACUAUCAGAGAGACAAAUCGAGGUCACGGGGUAAACAGCAACGGUUCAAUGAGAAACACUUUGAAACUAUAUCUGGAAAGCACUCCCAUUACCAUAUGGAUCCAACUCACGCUCCGAGCUUAGUGGUAGAUGUGGAAAGGCAGAACAGGAAAAAACAUAUGAUGGGCUCGGACGCUCACUUAUCGAAUUUGAAUUUCAAGGGGCCUUUGGAUGUUCCAAAAUCCCCUCCAAGUCCGACGUUGAGCAUGGAUAACAUGAUGCUUCCGGCAAAGCUGGGCAGUAGAAAUAGUAGUUUCAGAAUACCUAGUGUUACUUACCCACAAUUGGGAGGCUAUGCAACUAUGCCUAAGAAUUUGAACAAGUUUAAUAACUCACCGCCCUUGCAGGAAGUAAGGCAACAGAAAUUCCAACCUCCGAACGGUUCGGCGGCGCAAAGCUCCCCGGGAAGGGAAGGGGAGAGGGGUCCUCACGCGACCCUACGACGGGGCAAACCCACUCACACCCCGAACCUCCCACAGGCUGCCAUUGACGAAAUGAGAGUGUGACAGUUAAUUCCAUCUGACUUUACAUUACAGGAUUAAAAAGUAUUUCUGCCUCUUUUAAAAGUGUAAUUCUUAAUGUAAUUUUAAUGCGUGAUUGUAAAUAUAAAUUAUAAACGCAUUGAGUUUUUCUAGGGGAGGAUGUUACGAGUUUCUCGAUCACUGGAAUAAUGAUUUAUCGAUUAAAAGAUCAAAAAUUAUAU